UUUCCUUUUAUAAUUUAAAAAGAAUCAACGAGCACCAAAAUUUCAAUGAUAGUUCAACAGAAUUUUGUCUUCAAAACAUUCAACCAGAAAAAAUUAGAAAAAAAACCAGUUUCUCUCUCCACCUUUAACUUUUUUAAACCAAUGGACCUAAAAUUUACAAAUGAAUUUGAUCGAAACGAAUAGGAUUCAUAAUAAAGAAAAGAUAUCAUUUGAAUUGUCAACACUUUAAGGUAACUCAUCAGGUUAAGUGAAUACAUCAUCUCUGUGUGGUCGAUCUCCUACUAAAAGCAGUAAACCUUGUGUCUCUUGCAUCUUUAUUGAUUAUUUGAUUGAAGCAAGCUGAAAAUCUUUUUAUUACGGAUUAAUUUUCAAUUGACUCUUCGCUAUGCUUAAAAUCUAAUGUUUACAAUUGGUUUUGCCAUUUCUUUCAAAGCUUGAGACCUGUGAAAAAGAUAAAAGGAUUGUCUACUUUACUUUUGAAAAUGAAAGUCUCUUGCUUGAUAGUAAUUUUCAACUUGUUUCUCAUCAAACUUGUUACAGGUUCACUCGUUAAAAGACAAAUUGUGUUUCCAUCCGAUGAAGACAUAAAAUCAGAUGAUUUACAAAUAUUAUGUAAAACUUUUCAAGGUGGCCGAGGAACUUGUUUACCAAUUUUAAAAUGUCCCAGUAUGCAAAAGGAGCGUAAUUUACUCAUACUGAGAAACUCAAUUUGUGGUUUUGAUGGUGUUGUUCCCAAAUUAUGUUGUCCUUCCUCGAUACCAAAUGGGAUUGACAAUGGAAAUGGUGAUCCUCUGGAACCUCAGCCAUCUAAACCAGAGCAGGAAACGUCUGUAAACCCUGACUCUAGUGCUGAACUUAUUGGACCAAAUGAUAAAAAUGGAGCCAAUAUCCAUGAAAACAUUACACCAAGACCACAACCUGUCAAAACUACAGCUUUACCUAAACCCACUGGUCGACCCAAACAGGGAAAUGAUCGAGGUUUGAAAGAGUUAAACCUAAGGGUACCACCAACUUUGCCAUCAAAGGAAUGUGGUGUCAAUAAACAAGCUGAAACAAGGAUUGUCGGAGGGGUCCCUGCUAAACCAGGAACUUGGCCGUGGAUGGCUGCUCUUUUAUUUGAUGAAGAUGGCGCUAAAAAUUCUCAAUGUGGAGCUACUUUAGUCUCAGAGGAAAUUAUUAUUACCGCUGCUCAUUGUGUUUACGAAGCUGGUGCUGUUCGUGAUCCAUCCAAAGUGACCGUCAGGCUAGGUGAACAUAACAUCGAGCAAGAUUCUCAAGAUGAUGCCGUCCAAGAUUUCUUGGUUGAAUCUAUUAAAAUACACCAAUCAUUUGAUCCAAAAACGUAUAAAAAUGAUAUUGCAAUGCUCAAACUGAAAAAUAAGGUCUCUUUUAAUGAUAGAAUGGCGCCAGUCUGCUUGCCUUUUGACUCACAACUAUUACGCUUUGGCAAUUUGACUGGAAGGAGUGCCACAAUCACUGGUUGGGGUCGAACUUCAUUUAAUGGCCCAUCGAGUGAAGUUUUACUCCAAGCAAGCUUCGAGAUUGUCCCUCAAGAAUAUUGUAGAGAGGCUUUCAAAAAGUGGGUUCCAAUUUCUCAAGUAUAUUUGUGUGCAAGUAACGCCGGUGCUACUCGAGAUUCUUGUCAGGGUGACUCUGGUGGUCCAUUGGUCAUGUUUGAUAACACAAUGAGAAAAUGGUAUCUUAUGGGUGUCGUUUCAUUUGGUAGACGAUGUGCGACUCCUGGCUUUCCUGGCGUUUACACGCGAAUCCCUGAAUUUCUUGAUUGGAUUGAAAAAAAUCUGUGAAUAUUGCAACUCUAACUGAAACUCUAUUUCUCAUUAAAAUUUUGGAAAUAUCAAGAUUGACAUUACAGUAUUUCGUCGAAAGUUCACUAUUAUCAUCACAUCACCAAAUAAUAAUGACAAUUCAUUUGAAA